UGCACGCGAUAUCACUGCCCUGCUGCUGCCAGCGAGACUGCAAAAAUCGCUAUGCAAAAAAACACCCAAAUAAAGGAGCUCCGAAGUGCUGCAAAGGUGUUUUGACCGAUGGAAUAGGAUUCGAGCGGGCGUUCCGUCAAAGAGGUGUAGCGAUUCUUUAUUCUGCACAGAGACAAGUGCAGAGUAAUGCAGGUGACCGAAUACGCUAUAUUCGUCACACAUGGUAAACAAAAAACAAAUCGGUGCGUGGCUCGCUGUCGAGGGUUGCCGUAAGAUGUAAAUAAUUCCGGCCGAGAUCGACGACUUGUAAAUUAAUAUGGAUGACGACCCGCGACUGUCGCACUAUGUAUACAUUUAUAUGGCCAACAGGGACAAACCGUUGAAAUUUGCAUUUAUCGUCGGUGAAACCAUCGAGUAUCUGUGCAUAAAGAUAUGCAAUGCCAUCAAUAUAAGCCCUUUAGCACGACAUCUGUUCGCGUUGCAAAGUUUCUCUUCAAAACUAUGGUUCCCUUGCGGUCACGUACUGGAGGAAGACUCGGAGAAGUACAGAUUCAACUUCCGCCUGAGAUUCAAGCCAUCCAGUAUGGACAGAUUAAGAGAAAUAGAUUUAAAUGCAUAUAAUUAUUACUUCGAACAAGUUCGCAAGGAUGUGUUGGAUAAUAAAGUACCUGACAUUGUUUACGAGAAGCAUAAGCAUGAAUUAAUUGGCCUAGGAGUUAGCGAUAUGUAUAGGGUAAUGCUUGAAGAAGAACUCCCACGAGAAAUAGUGGAAUCGGAAUAUAAGAAAUAUAUACCUAAGGAAUGCAUAAAAAGGCAUGCCUUUUUCAUAAGGAAACCUAUUCACAAUGCACUCACAAAGUUAUCUGGAUACGACGCCGCAUACGUCAAGGAGCAGUAUUUGAAGCAGUUCGAACGCAUGGCUCCGAAUUAUCCGUACGAGGAAUACACAUCGCUGAUGGAUAAAGAUGUUCCUAAUCUAAAAGCUAAAGUCUUACUUAGGGUUACCAUAGAGGAAGUGAAAUACUGCGAGAUUGACAUUGGUACAUGGAAAACGAUUUGCAGGAUAGAAGACAUUUCCACUCUUUCUAUAGGAAAGAACAACACUGUGUUAAUUGGGAGAAGGACUGGCAUACCACUGUGCGCACAAUUUGACACAAAAACGAUCCUACUGUCGUUCGUGUCCGCACUGGACGGAUAUUACCGCUUAUCCGUCAAGUGGAAUUUCAAUCUCUGCAGUGGUGACGCUAGCAUCAUCACGCCUUCUUUAGAGAGACUACAAAAGUUGAGGUGCCAUGGACCAGUUGGAAAGGAUUUCUCGUACACGAAGCUCAAAGAAAAAUGUGCCAACGAGCCGGGAAGUUACAUACUGCGCGAGAGUGAAAUCGAGUACUGCGUUUACUACAUCGACGUUUACAACAAGGACGGAACUAUAUCCUCGCAACGAGUGGUAGAGACUAAACCCGACAAGUUUGCAAUGUCGAACAGUUCUCGGGUGUACGAAUCCUUGAGGCACUUAAUUUCUUCAUUCCAAAAUCCCAGUGAAACAAUAUACCUUGGAAAGUGUUUGGGAUUUUCGGAAUACGACAAGUCGAAAUUAUUACUUUGCGCUACGGAAAACGUCGUGAACGAAGUAGCGGCAGACGAGGAGAUAAUCAGCACUCUACUGCAAUGUGGACCGCGAUGCGUACCGUGGAAUGAGCUGCAGGUAUACAAAGCGAUCGCGAAGAGCGAUGAGGAUCUGCCUUCUUCCACCACAAUGACGAGUUUGCAUCGAGCUAUAUGGCGAGUUGCCAAGGGCAAGAAACUCGAAGUUAUGACGAAGAUACUGACGGAGGAGAAUUAUACCAAAGAAUUUUUAGAAUUGGUUGGCAAGUGGAGCCAGUUGCGGUCGGGAGCUCUAGUUAGAUUGUACGGCAUAACCGUGGCCCCGACGAUCGGAAUGCUGCUCGAGCUGGUGAAUUUGGGCCCGCUGGACAAGUACCUGUGCAGCAACAGUAAGUCAGUAUUAACGGUCGACAUGGUGGAAGCCACCGUCUGUCUGGCAACAGCUCUGUGGCACUUGGAGGAGAAUCGUGUGAUUCAUGGGAAUAUAAGAUGCCGGAAUGUGCUCCUACAUGCGCAUACAGAGAACAGCUUCAUUGUCAAGUUGGGUGAUCCCGGUCUCUUCACCUACACCGAGGACGACAUACAUUGGAUACCGCCGGAAUGUUACACGGAUUUCUCAUCCGCAAAAUACAGCCUUCAAGCGGAUAUAUGGGCGCUGGCGACAACUAUUUGGGAGAUAUUUUCCAGAGGAGCUCCCUUACCUAAAUAUCACAACACUCAUACUGUUAAAAUGUAUUAUAUACGUGAAAACCGAUUGCCACCUCCUAAGGAUUGUCCAAACGAGAUCUAUAAGUUAAUGUUGGAAUGCUGGGGCAAAAAUAAUUCCAUCAUAUCAAGAAAACAGCCUCAGGCUAUCAUGCGGGAUAUCAAUCAGAUUCUAUACGAAGUAUACAAUGCUCGUAGAACUCAUACUUAUGCUACCAUAUGCCCCAAGCUAUUCAGAGAGCCCGAUGGAAACAACGACGAGAAUGGUAGUAUUUAUACAGAAGGCAGCAAAUCGAAUAGUGAAUCGCAAACGAGUUUGGUCACUGAUUACACCAGUAUUACUUGGAACGAUCACAGUACAGAGCAGCUAAUCAGCUAUCAGAAUCAAGAUAGCAACACAGACGAAUUGUCGUUUUAUCUACGUUGGCUAAACAGCGAACUGUACAAAAUGCCGAUUGCGGGUAACGGUAGCGAUGGCCCGAGCCGCGAAGAUAGCUCGGGCAAGACCAACAAAAGCAAGAUCAACGACAAGGCUUGCAACAGCAAAGGUGGCUCCGAAUGGCAGCGUACUUAUGAGAUAAAUGAAAACUUGGAUGUGAUCCUGCAAGGACGCAUAGGCGAGGGCUUUUACGGCGAAGUGUAUAAGGGUACGCUCAGGAGGCGCAACGGUAAGGAAAUCGACUCGGAGCAGGAUGUAGCCGUCAAGAAGCUCAAGACGCAGGAGGACUCCGAAAACGUGCUCGACUUCGAGAGGGAAAUUAAAAUCAUGGAGAGGCUCAAUCAUCCAAACAUCGUGAAAAUUUUGUGCUCAGUGGACCGAAUCCUGGUGAUGGAAUUCAUCCAGUACGGCUCGCUGCUGAGUUAUCUAAGCUCGCAUCGAUUUAGCCUCGCAUACAAAACACUGUUAGGCUUCGCCCUGGAUAUCGUCGCGGGCAUGGAGUACCUCGGUAGUAUGAACAUUGUUCACCGAGAUCUAGCAGCGAGAAAUAUCCUAGUAGCGAACGAGGAUCGAGUGAAGAUCAGCGACUUCGGUCUCGCGCAAGUGAUAGCUGCGAGUGAUUAUUAUGUAUUUAAAACCCUUCGUAAUAUUCCGAUUAAAUGGUACGCACCGGAGAGCUUGAGGCAUAACAAAUUCUCAACUCGUUCGGACGUGUGGUCAUUCGGCGUGACGAUGUACGAGGUUUUCAGCUACGGCGUCGACCCGCAACUGUCGGUCAGAAUGAGUGAGAAAGAGAUCCUAAUGACGACUAUAACGGACCUGCUGAACGCGUUGGAACGUGGCCACCGUCUUCCUUGCCCAGACAACUGUCCACAGGAAAUCCACAGAAAACUGAUGUUAUCGUGCUGGCAAUUGAACAGCCAUGAGAGACCGGUCUUCGCUACUCUACGCGAAGACAUCGAGCAGCUACUCUGUAAUUAUUAGAAUAUUUCGCGACUCCGUGCGAACAGUCGGUUAUUUUAAAAAUACAUGACGUAUCCCACUCGUGAUUCUCACAUCAAUGGAAGAUUCUUUGACGAGUCUAAUAGUUAAUUUAUUUUUCGCAAGACGCGAAAUUUUCAUUCCUUUACAAGAUCUCAGUGGAGAAUUAUGUUAUAGGUCAACUCUAUUUUUAUAUUUUUAAACGGGUGUAUUUUAGGGAAAAAUAUUCUUGUAUAAAAAUUUUAUUUAGAAAAAAAAAUAGGAAAUCAAGGAAUCUGUCAUUGGAGAAUUAACAAUCUUUCCGAUCUUCGCAUCUUGUAUAGAAGAGAUAUAUCUAGUCGAAGAUAUCGUCGCCAUUUUAUUAUAAUAUGUACUGUGUGAAAUAUAGUAUUAAGUACAGUAUUAAUUUAUUGUUCCCGAAAUGGCUUACAAAUAUACCUCACUUUCCUUUUAC